AUGGUAGUAAAGAUUUGUUUACAUUUGGAGCCGUAUAACAAUCGUGAUAUCAAUACAAUUGUUGAAGAUUUAAAGUAUAUUCACAAUCAAGGAUACACUUCUCAUCCAGCUUAUUAUCAUAUUUCUACGAAUAGUAAUUUAUUACCUGUAGUGUAUGUAUAUGAUUCCUAUAGAAUAAAAUCAUCAGAAUGGGAAAAAAUUUUACAAUCGAAUGAUCAACAAAAAACUAUACGUAAUAAAAUCUAUAAUGCUUAUCUUAUUGGUUUAUUACUUGAUAUGGAUGAUUGUCGAACAUUGUAUGAAUCCGGAUUCAAUGGUGGUUAUACUUAUUUUAUUGGUAAUGGUGUUUCAACAGCCAGCUCACCUGAUAACUGGAAUUAUUUAUUAGAACAAUGUACAAAAUAUAAUGUAACAUUUUAUCCUAGUAUUGGUCCAGGCUAUGAUGAUCUAUCUGUACGUCCAUGGAAUAAACCAGCCACUAAUUCACGUGAUCAUGGUUUAACUUAUGUGAAAUUAUUCAAUAAAGCUUACAAUAGAAAGCCACCACUGUCAACAUCAUCAUCACCGCUCACGACAUCUCCUGCUAUUGGCGGUCUAGGCAUUGUAUCAUUCAAUGAAUGGCAUGAAGGUACACAAAUUGAACCAGCUAUACCAUAUCGAUGGAAUUAUUUCAUGAAAUCUAAAAUCUAUCAAGAUUAUUUACCAUAUUCACCGGAAUUCUAUUUACGUUUAACACGUCUACUGAUUAAUCAAUAUGAAGGUAAUGUAGAUGAUGAUAGUUUACCGAGAAAAUUCAUGGAAACAAGUAAACAUGAAAUGGAACAACUCAAUACAUUGAUGAAAAUCAGUUAAAUCUCUUAAUUGUUCUCGUUGUUGUGACAGAGGGACAGUAAGAGAGAGUGGGAGAGCAAGAGAGGCUGUACACAAGACCAUUGUUCUCUUGUAAAAUAUGUGUAUGUAUUUUCUUUUAUCUCUAUUUUAUUUUAUUUUUUUUAAAAAAUAAUUAAUUAACAUGAAA